CAGAUACACCAUCGGCCCACAAACCGCUCGCAAAAUGGUGUAUUACUACUUACUUUUUAAAUAGUUUCGUUUCUUUCGAUUGGGAGCACUGCUCCCUGCUCCCGGAGCAGUGAUUUUUGGGUACUUCUUGAGUCAGGAAGAAAAGUACCGGUGAUUGUAUGAUGAGUGUAGAAAUGCCUGAAAUGGAAAGCAGUUACUAUGGAAACUGUAUCCAUAGUAACCGCUUUCACUUGUGUGUGCAGAAAUUCGGUAGCAACCAUGCAGCUUGGCACAAAUUUAUAAGAAGGUCCGAAAUUUCACCGGAAUCUACCGGAAUUCUAAUAAAUUGUUAUGUUGCAAGCUUUUUUGUAGCUGGAUCGCCAAGCUGUUUCUGAAAUCUGUUCGUUUCAAGUCUGAAAUUUGCAUAACCGUACUCGCGUUAUCGUGGUUUAUGGAUGUUGAAACGUCUACAAUUUCAUCUAGACUCUAUAGUGAAGUUUUCAGUUUACAGAGUUCUCGAGAAUUGUUAAUAUCAAAUUAAUCGAAAAACUUACUGAGACCACCAUAAUAUGUACCUCUGCGCGCCCUAAGAAAUUGUUGUCCUAUCAUCAAUUAUUAGCCUUGUCGUAACUGAAUACAAUAUUUAAAAGGUGUGCAUGUAUAUGGCCACCUAGAAUUCGCAGAAUAUUGUACGAGACUUCAGUUCAGACUCUUCCUUCACCACAUCUGCUUAUUUAAUUUCAUGUGACUGUGACCUUGAUUCCAAUACAGUAAUUUGCAUUGGCUACUAAUCGAAUUUUCCUCUGCCUACAAUUUUCGGGAAGUUUGAGGCAUUAAAAUGGAAGCGUUCAGUGCCGUGCUACCCGAUUUGCAACAACUGGCCUCGCGACAACUCUGGGAAUAUCUCGAAGCAGAAGCCAAGAAGUACCAAACUACGCCAAUGACCGUUUUCGGCUGCUUGUUGGGCUUAGUUGCGACACUUUCUGCCGGAAACGUUUAUCUCCAACCUUUGGGUGAAAACCGCAAAAACUUACGAUACAACUCUGCAUUACAACUUCUGCUAAUUGAUGUACCGUCUUCUGGUCAAACGUCCCAGUUUACUAACAUAUGUGGUGAUGCUAUUUCGCACGUUGAGAAACAACGAAACGUUCAACUGACCUCGUCGCUAUCGGAUAUAAAGAAGCAGAUUCGCGGAACACCGCUGACAAAGUACAAGACGACGUUAGUGCUCAACGAAGCCAACGGCGGUCUUCUGGAACUGGUACGAACAAGCACUGCGGAACUUGUACUGCAAACGAUACGGCGCAGCUGGGAUGCGCGAGACUUCGAACUCCUUUUUGGCUACCAGAAACUCUGUAUCGAUCUGCGUGAGCCGUGUGCAUCCCUUGUCGCAACUGCAAAUCCGGACACCUGCAGUCGAUUCUUGAAAAAGUUGUCUAAGCCGUUAAACUAUUAUGGCUCCGAAUUGAAAUAUCUGUUGCUGCCGUCGUCCUCAGCGGUGCAGUCCUCUUCCAGGGCAAUAGACUCGAUGAAUCCGGAUGCAAUCACCACCAAUUUGCCAACUCUGGCGCUUCGGUUUUAUGAUUACAUCAACAUGCACGGACCGUUGACCUUUGUCCUGGAUGACGAAGCGCGGGAAUAUUUUUUUCAGCUUGACCACGACCUGAUAGACGCUAUUAGAGCACGCCGCGUUCUUGCAUUAGUAAAUGUUCAUGCCUUUUCAAAUAACCCAGAGAUCGAAACUAAGAAAACGGAACACCACGCGCUUAAAAAUGCACUAAUGAUUCAUCUUUUGGAAUUUCUGCUUUUUCCAACGCGUGACGACAUCAGUAAGCAAUUACCUGAGCCACAAAUGGCGAUUGGAACCAUUUUAGCCCGCGCCAGUGCCGCCUGGUGCUAUCAGUUGACCCGUGUAGCGGACAGAGUACAAGCAAGGGUACAAGUACAACCAGCAGUACGAGCGCUGCCUUUAACGGCGACAAAGCAGAUCCUCUUGUCUCCCGGCCAGUUUGUUUUUUACCGGCUGUAUUCAUUGACAUACAAAGCCAGCGUUUUAACAGAACAGCAAUUUAAAACAACCAUCGAAGAUCUGGCGAGGCGGGGACUAGGACAGAUAAAGAGCUUAGAAAUUUCAACGGGUGGGCGGUUGGAUAUUGUCCAGUGCUUUUACAAACUACCUGCUUUCAUGUGGUUAACGGACGGUGACGUAGCGCAGGUCAGUCAGGAAAAGUAUGCCGAAGCCUAUGAAUCACCUUCCGGACAGCGCAUGACCACGAAGAAAGCAGAAGAAAUUGCGCACGUAGUAGAGCACUGCUCACGGCACAAUCCCUAUGGAAAAAGCAGGAAUACCACUCGAUAAGCAACUGCAAAAACUGCAAGAUGCAAGUGGAUAACGAACGCAGAUAGAUUCCUAUAAAAGGCAGGACAGCUGUGCGAUUGACGGCGACGAGGUGAUUAGCGGCUAUUUUUUGCGUAUUCGUACGUCAGCAAUAAUUUUUUCGAUAUAAAACAUCAUUUUCGAUAUACUUAGAAAGUACUUAACGUGGUUACAUUUUAUCCGCUUUGUUGUUCAAUUUGAUAUGCGAGACCUGUAGCUGCCCAGAUUAAUUUUUAAAAAUGUGCUACCGAUGUUGCAGUUAAUUUUCCAUUGCAAUCUUGGUGUUUUCACACUGUCAAGUCAGAUUCACGAAUAAAGCCGAGC